CCUGGACGAGCAGGCUUUCCGGGUGACAAAGGAAGUAUGGGGAUUCCAGGACGAAUGGGCUUUAAAGGACAAGCAGGGGAGAAGGGAGCCCCAGGAGAACCCGGUCUAUCUAUCAUUGGACCGAGAGGACCUCCUGGCCAACCAGGAACAAGAGGAUUUCCAGGGUUCCCAGGCCCAAUUGGUUUGGAUGGCAAACAUGGACAGAAUGGGCCUAAAGGUGACAUGGGUCAGCGUGGUCCUAAAGGACUCCCCGGAGAAAUGGGACCUAAAGGAGAAAAGGGUGUCUGUGGUGACUACACACAUAGGAUGUUGCCCAUCACCGUGCGCAACAUGCCCUCAAUUAGCCCUCUAAUCCUAAAACGCCUCAAGGGUGAGCCAGGAGCGCAGGGCCCCCCUGGACCUCCUGGGCUUCCAGGUAACCCAGGUCUGAAUGGAGCCAGUGGCCCGCCAGGUAAGCCAGGAGAACCAGGAAAACCAGGAAAAGACCCAAGGCUCUUAACCGGAUUAAAGGGUGAGCCAGGUACGCCGGGGCAGAAGGGUGAUCGAGGAGAUAUUGGCCCCUCAGGUGCUGAAGGCCAAAAGGGUGGCCAAGGAAACAAGGGACAACAAGGCUUUCCAGGGGCUCCUGGGCCAAAGGGCCAGGCUGGUACACCUGGUACACCUGGCAUUCCUGGGAUCCCUGGCAAGAGGGGCUACAGGGGAGAUAAGGGAGAGUCGAGUAUUUCAGCGCUUGGAAUUAAAGGAGAACCAGGAUUACCAGGACUACCAGGCCAAAUGGGCCCUAAGGGUGAAGCAGGCCCUGGAGGCCCAACUGGACCAAGAGGCCCUCCAGGUCCAACUGGUGAGCCGGGAAAGGCUAAAAUCCACAAUAAUGAAAAUGAUAUUCGCAACAUACCACUGAUGGGCCCACCUGGACUACCUGGACCUCCAGGGACACCUGGGCUCAAUGGGGCAAAGGGUGAGGUUGGCCUUCCAGGUCCUUCAGGCCUUGAUGGGGAAAAAGGGCCAAGGGGAAAGCCUGGGGAACCUGGUCCUCCAGGCCUAUCUGGUCCUGAAGGUCCCAGAGGAGAGGGUGGUGUCAUGGGGUUCCCAGGACCCAAGGGAGAAAAGGGAGACAUGGGUCCUUCUGGAUCACCGGGUUUAGAUGGCCCUACUGGUGAAAAGGGAGCUACAGGGUCCCUUGGCCCUAUUGGAUUACCUGGCACAAUGGGUAUGAAGGGUGAACCCGGAGAAGGAGGAAGGUCAGAGAUGCUUCAUGGUCCUCCAGGUCCCCCAGGACCAGUCGGCCCAGCAGGAUCACAGGGACAUUCAGGGCCAAAGGGAGAGCCAGGCAUCGGCUUUAGGGGAGAAAAGGGAGCGACAGGUCAGAAGGGUGACAAAGGAGACAGAGGCCAUCUAGGACUGCCUGGGGCACAUGGGUUAGACGGCAGACCCGGUCCAGUGGGUCUAAUUGGACCAGCAGGUGUACCAGGACCAGCAGGACCAAAGGGAGAGGGAGGUGAGAAAGGAGACAAAGGAUUACCAGGACCAAUUGGCUCGCAAGGCAUCCCAGGUUUAACAGGACCACAAGGACUCAAAGGCAACCGGGGAGAGAGGGGCAAGAAAGGCAACAGGGGGGCCAAAGGGGAUAAGGGAGACCAAGGAGCACCUGGAUUAGAUGCCCCAUGUCCGUUGGGAGAUGACGGCCUGCCUGUACCUGGCUGUUGGAACAAAGGCCAACAUCCCUUCCAACUGGCUAAGAAGUAAGGGAGUGGCCCGUGGAACCACCCGACAGAAGACUUGAAGGCGUUCUGAGAGAUCUUUGAGUUUUUACCAGAACCUUGAGCCACCAUGACAAUGCUGGACACAGAGUCGGUGACGUUGGAGCUGGACAGUGGGGCUCCAUGACUCCACCAUGACUCAGAAGUUAGAUGCCAUUGCUUGUCACAAAUAUAUCCAUUUACUGAUAUCAAUCAGCAAACCAAAACACACGAUUUGUUUUGGAAUUACAUGAACAGUGGAAAGCAGCUGACUCGUAUCCAAGAUGACAUAAAAACUUCACAAGGUAGAGCCUAUAGAUUAUUCCUUCUUUAUGUUCUCCCACUCACUGCCUUCUAUAGAACAACCUUCUACAGCAGCUAUAGUAUUUUAAUAUUUAAACAGUCCGAUGUAUAGAAUGUGUCCUGAACCCAUACAUAAAAUGCUUUGUAUGGAAGUGUUGACAUACAAAUGAUUGUAAGUAUUGUACAAUAUCAAUCAAAAUAUGUAUAAAUGUGUUCAGUCGUUGUAUAUAGAUCGCACAUAUCAUACUCUGCGGAACUUACUACUCAAAAUAAGAUGCAUUGCAUGUGCAUUUAUUUAUUUGCUUUUCAGAUAUUAAGUUUUGCUAAUAGCAGGGGUGUCCAAACUGCAAAAAUGGGGGAGGGGAUUGCCAAAAGGCUGAAAGGGAUGAGAAGAAAUAUGCUUUCAAAAAUACAUAAGAAAUCAAACAUAUGUGUUAAUUGUGGCUUGGUUAAUGAAGAGGCGACAGGAGCAGUUAUCUUACCAGCCAGAAAGGGGGGUAUAGAUUUAUUCUCCGUGCAUAACAUACAAACAUUCUCCAAUACACCUUUUAAAAAAGGAACCUACAUGAAAAAGGACUGACAGUGUUUGACACGUACUUUCCUGUUUCUCUGAAAACUCUAGCGCAGCAAAGCAUUCCUGUUUUCAUCUUGACUAUUGUUUGAAUACUCUGAAGUUAACACAUACAUAUAUUUUUCCUCUCUACCUAAAGUAUAUCCACACAGGUAUAUCUACUGUAUCUUUAAAAAAACUAUAUAUAUAUGUAAGCUGCGGGCAAGUUUUGGUUUUGAAAUGUCAGUCUAGGUGAUAAAUUCUUGUGUCAAAUGAGUAGAGAUUAGUAGUGAUUUGACAGAAUUUACAUUAUAUGGAAAGGGGUGUUUGGAGACCUGGCCUUGAACAUGAACAUACAAUCCUAGUUUAUUAUUGGCACUUUUCUGGGCUGACCCUGUGCAAGUUUUCAGACUGAACUGAUAUUGUUUGUCGUUCAUCCUGCACAGCUUGUCCAUGUGAAGACGAUGAUGAGCACUAACGGCUGAUGGACACAAACCUACUGGUAUUUAUUUUUAACCAUUAAGAAUGGACUUAUGCUGUCUUUAAAUUGAAGUGGAGUGGUCAUUGUUUUUUUCACGACACCUAGUGCUAAACACAGCGCAGGACUGCUUGUAUCGGAGAUUAUACCACCCGUAUUUGUUUUUUGGGGAUAUCACACUGGUAUAUAUUGUUAAGUGAGGUUUAAUCACAUGAGAUCAUGUCAUUGCCUUUGAUUAGUUAGUUUAUUAGGUAGUCAGUUAAUGUGUUACUUAGUUUGUCCGUUUGCUAGCCAGUUCACAGUGUUAUUUUCAGGAAACCUUUUAGGGGUUAUGGGAACAACUGAUGACAUUUUGGGCCUAAUCCAAAUUAUUUUUACAAAAUUGUCUACAUUUCCGUCAGGACAUUCAACAUCUGUAUGUUAAUGCUAGCGUUCUCGCAGAGACAAAGAUAGUGAAUACUGACAAGAGUGUUCACUCAGUUUCUUUCAUUCCGCUAUUGAUAAGUCGAAGCGUUACAGGUGUAUUUUCAUCCAACUUUCAAGAAAUGUCUGAAGCGGGUAAAAGGAACAAGUGAUUACAUUUUAGGACUGACACUGAUCAUUUAUUUUACGUUACUUUAUUUUUAAAGUUCAAGCUUUAAAGUGUAUGUUUGCUAGUGGCCCCUCUUCCACCGACCGAGACAAAAACAGUGGAUGACUAACAAGAGGAUUCACUUUGUCCAUUUCUUUCAUUCCGCUUUUUAUAGAUCAAAACUUUAGAAGCAUAUUUUGAUGAAACAUUAAAGAAAUAUUAGAAAUGAGAAAAGCAACAACAAAUCACGUUUCGAGACUGAUCUGGAUCACUUCUAAUGUUACUUUACGUUAAGGUUGCAAGCAUCACCUUAAUGUGUGUUUAUGCGAGUGGCCCCGCCUCCACCCACAGAGACAAAGACAGUUGAUGACUGACAAGAGUGUUCACCCUCUUUCUUUCAUUUUUCUAAAUGAUAUGAGCAUAUUUUGAGAAAACUUUCAGGAAUUGUCAUUAAUUGAAUGGGUAGCAAUUGAUUAUAUUUUGAGCCCGAUCCAAUCAUUUAUACUACAUUACCUUGCGUUUAUGUUACAAGCUUCAACUUCUGUGUGUGUGUAUACUAGCUGUCCUGCAGAGACAAAGAUAGCAGAGGCUGACAAGAUUGUUCACUCAGUUUCUUUCCCUCCAUUACAGACAGUAAAUUUUUCAAAGAACUGUCGGAAAUGGUAAAAGGAACUGAUUAGAUCUUGGGGCUGGGUCGAAUCAUACACUUUUUACUACGUUACUUUACAAUCUUCAACUUCUGUUUGCGUAUGCAAGCGGCCCUGCCUUCACCCACAGAGACAAAGAGAGGUGAUGACUGACAAGAGUGUUCACUCAAUUUCUUUAAUUCCGUUAUGGAUAGCUCAAAAAGUUUUUACUCAUUACCACGAAUCGGAUUUUGCAAAAACUUGUGAGCGAUAAUGAUGAAGUUAAAACUACAACACACGUCGCCAUAAACGGACACAUUUUUGACCGAAAUGACCCCUCUGGCUGGUAAAUUGUAUGUCAACAAAAGCGACUUAAGCAGUUUUUGGUAAUAAAAACACUGGAUCAGGACAGGGUAAGCUUAGACGGGGUGUCGACAAAAACGUGUUCCCAUGUAGUAAUAUUGUCCAUUUAAUGUACUUCUACAAAUUAUUAGCUACAGUACAUGCAAAAAGAGGAAUGUACAAUUUGUUGUUUUUUUGGUUUCUCAUCAGAACCUUGUUUUAUUAUUAUUGUAUUUGUCUUCAUUUCCUUUAGUUCCCAUUGUAUAUAUGUGCUAUGUGAUACAAUUCAGUUCAAUUCAGUUCCAUGUGAAAGGUACCAAAUAAUCUGAUCUGCGUGAGCUCGAUCCAAAUUGAAACUGAAUUAUUCUGUUUAUUUGAAAGUUUAUUUUCAUAAGAUCCAUGAAUGUAUAUAGAGCAGCAAUGAUGGAAUGUGUUUUUUUUUUUUUACUAGUUUAAGUGUUUUAGCGAGAAGUUGUAGGAAAUGUGCUAAAAGGUAAAGGAAAAAUAUGUUAACAAUAACACAUAUUUAUGACUGUACACAUUUCAUUUGUGAGACAGGUUUUUUUUUAACAAAAAGUAACUUUUUGGCAUUUUUGAGCAUAUAUUUAAUUGUCAAAUAUAUGCCCUGCUGAGUUGUUAAAAUCACUGAAAUUGUGAGACUUUAAAAAGUGAUGAAAUUAACUUUUAAAUGACUAAAAGAUUAUGAUAGUUAUUGUAGGGUUCAGCUUUUAGUGUAAAGCUUUAUAAUUAACAACUCAACAGAUGAAUCAAAUGUAUAAUAAUAACCCUAACCCUUUAUUUCUUUUUAAGUUGUGUUAUAUUCAACAGCACAACUUGACGUCCUGUGUUUUUUGUAUGUUUUACUUUUAUUCUGAUAAUAAGUUUAUUGGCCAGUCCAGUAAUGUUGAAAUAUAAGUGACAAUUAGUGUAUCCAUGAAAAGUCGCACAGUGUGGAAAAUUAUUCAUAUUUGAUCCCCAGCUGUAUUUUCCCCUAGCAUAAACACAUCAACAGUUUAAAAGAGUACAAUAGUGUAAAAGAAAUCCAGCAAAAAUAGCAUGAAAUAAAAGUUUUUAUUUUAUUUUAUUUUAUUUGAGUAAGUUAAAUAAGUAUUUGACCACAAAAUAAAAUGUGACUCAACACCGUGGUUUCAUGUAGUUGUAGGACUUGUAGUAGUGUAUUUGUAGUUUCUUAUAGUUGUAGUACUUGCCAAAGUGGGCUUGUAGUAGUGUACUUGUAGUUACUUAUAGAUGUAGUACUUGUAGUUUAUUUUAGUUGUACUAGUAGUAGUGUACUUGUAGUUUGUUGUAGUUUGUAGGAUUUGUAGUAUUGUAGGCCUACUUGUAGUUUGUUGUAGUACUUGUAUUAGAGUACCUGUAGUUUUAUUUAUUUGUAGUCCUUGCGGCAGACUACUUGAAGUUUAUUUUAGUUGUGGUACUUGCAGUAGAGUACUUGUAGUUGAGUACUUGUUGUAGAGAACUCACAGUUUUCUGUUGUUGUAAAAUUUGUAAUAGUGUACUUGUAGUUGCUUGGACUUGCUGUAUUAUAUUUAUUGUUGUAGUACUUGUAGUUUCUUGUAGUCGUAGUAUUGGGGUUUCUUUUAGUAGUGCACCUGCAGGAGUAGUGUAGUCAUAGUUACAGUACUUGCAAUUGUAGUACCUGUAGUAGUGUAGUGUACUUGUAGUUUCUUGUAGUUGUAGGACUUGCAAAAGUGUACUUGUACUUGUCCCUGAGAAUAGUUAUUUGGUCUUGCCUAUAGUGAUGUGGAUUUGGUUGUUUAAGAGAGUAUAUACGUGUGAUGAGAAUAUAUCUGCAGUACUCUGCUAAUUUGUGUGUUUCAUGGACACAUAAACACUCUGUCACAUUCUCAUGUAACCUUUAUUUAAUCUUUUUAACAAUGUAAUUAACCUACCAUAAAGAUGAUGGACUGUUAAUAACUCUGUAGAAGUGAAAAAUUACUGAAUCAGCAGCAGGGGAUCAGAUAGUAAUUUUCUCACUCAGUACGUGUUCGUGCACUAAAUUAGUCCGAUUUCUCAAAUAGUUCGACUUUAAAUAAGCUUCCUUCAUUUUUUUAAGGACCGGCAAGUAGAUACCAUUUAAUAAAAUCAGCAAUAAUUGUAAAGAAUGGCAGACUGUUUAUUUUAUUUGCCAAACAAAUUAAAAAUACAGAACAUUUUGAAGUGCAUCGAUGGUAGAAAAAAAGAUUACUUAAGAAGAUAAUUAAGGAAAUGUAUAAUGCCGGCUUAAUUCGGACUCCCCAAAAAAUUAAAAAUGUUACAAAAAGAAAAUGAAGCAGGGAUAAAACAGGUGAAUAAUAAAGUGUGCACAAACCUCUUCACGCUGCAUUUGAGCAAGCCAACUGACUAACUUUUCGCACAACAGGCAAGAUAGUCCAGAACAAUAGCAACCUUCCUCUGGAUAUCAGUCGGGGACGGACCGUCUUUUACUAUUUUUUUCUUUUUUUUUCUACUUGAGAAAUCAGACUAAUUUAGUGCAAAAAAGCGUAUUGAGUGUUGUCAAGUUAAGUGAUCUAGAUCUAGUGAUCUAGAAGUAAAUUAAGUGAUCUAGCUGAGAAGUGCUGAAUCAUGUCCAUGAUUUGUAAAUAAAGUAAAAAGUACUAACAUGUUUUUUUCAUAUCAGAUUAUUUUGAUGUCCAUAAAGUACAGCUAAUGUUGUUUAUAAAACAAGCAACAAUCUUUUAAAUUUAUAUUUUUUAAUCUCAUGAGUCAAAUAUGGUCAACAAGGGCAUUAUUGUGACUUUGCAUGAUUUUGAUGUCAUUUUAUUUUCCGUUAUUAAUAAUAUGCACAUUUGUAUAAACUAUAUUAGACUUUUUUUCCCUUCAUGGUUGAUGGGAGGAUUUCUAUGCUAUCAUGACAUUGAAUUGAUGUGUACGUAUUUGUUUCUUUGACAUUCAAUGUAACUUCCAGCCAGUUGAGGUAUUUACUAAAUACCUUAAAGAUGAGGAAGGUGAAGUAUUUUUUAUAUAUAAAGUAAGGAUAUUGACUUUGUUUUACAUUUAGGUUUUUACUUAUCUUUUAUUUUCACAAUGGCAGCUGUCAUCACUGAAUGCCAAACAGAUUUUACUCUGUCACGAUAUGAAAAUAAAAAACAUUUUCAUGUUCAGCA